CAUGCGCAGUAGCGGAAUGCAGUCGCUGGGAGGAUGGCCGUCGAUAAUUUUCUCUUUGGCCAGUGCAUCCUUUAUUUUUUAGCAUUUAUUUUCGGUUUCAUCGCCGUUGUGCCCCUUUCUGAAAACGGGGAUGAUUUCCAGGGAAGAUGUCUGCUGUUCACGGAGGGAAUGUGGCAGAAUGAGAACAUGACGAUGGGGAAACAGCGCUUUAUUGUUGAGGAAUGGGGACCAGAGUCAUCCUGUCGCUUUAUCACAUUCGUGGGCAUCGCGUCGCUCAUCCUCUCUGCUGUACAGGCCUGGCGGACGCUUUUCUUCAUGUGUAAAGCGCAUGACGACUCUCCUUUCUAUGCGUUCCUAAAUUUGCUCUUGUCCCUGCUGGUGGUUUUUGUGGUGUUUGUGGCGGGCACCAUUUCCAGUGUUGGCUUCAAUUCCUGGUGUGAUGCUAUCACUGAAAAUGGGGCAAUGCCAAGCAGUUGUGAGGACCUGCAAGACACUAAUUUAGAGCUUGGAGUUGACAACUCAUCCUUUUAUGACCAAUUUGCCAUUGCACAGUUUGGCUUGUGGUCAGCUUGGUUAUGCUGGCUGGGUCUAACAGUGCUGGCCUUCUUGAAGGUUUAUCAUAUCCACAGGCAACAGGAGCUGCUGGAAAGUCUAAUUCAGGAGAAGGAGCUUCUGCUGGGUCAUCCUUUACAGAAUUCUUAUGUGUAUAACAGGAAUGCUAUGAUGUAAACAGACAUUUCUCACAUAAUCCCUUUAGACUGCAUGCACUGUACCACUCCUGCUGCAACUAGUUUCUGAGGCCUGGAUUAAAAAAGUAUUUUUUAUAAAAACUUAUGCCAAACAUUAGUUUUAACCUGAGCCUUGCUUUUUUCAUGUUUAAAUGAAUUAUAACGGCACAUGUCAUAUUGAGACAUGUAAAGGAUUUUCAGUAAUGUUCCGUAGACAUCAUACUGGUUGAAUCCACAUCAACUAUCUGGGUUGUAAGGGUGUUAUCACAUCAUACUUAUUUUUACAGUUAUGCAAAUGUGUUAUCAUCAGGGUAUUUCUUCUUACAGAAAUUGAAAUGAAAUAAAAUUAUUACAGUAUAAAUGCGCAGUUGCUCUUUUAUGCUGGUUUUAUUUUGUUUUAUUAAUUAUAAAUGCAAAUAUAACAUACAAUUUAUAUUAAAUAUAAAUGUGUUUCCAGUCUAUACGCAUUAUACUGUGUGAUGCUGGCAAAAUGUUUGGUUCUACAUUAUUAUUAAAACUUAACAAAUAAUGGCCCUUUCACAUCAUGUCUACAGUUAAUAACAAGAGUUUUGUCAACAACACAUUUUUCGCAACUUUGUAACUGCAGUUCCUCUUACUGUCAGUAGGUGGCACUGCCGCUCUAUUUCUGUUCAUAGGCUUAAGGGAUGUUGGUCUACCAUCAAACUUAACUUAUAUGGUUACUCUGAAAUACAUCUACUUAAGGAUUGUACAAUUUAAAAUAAAAAUAACACACAUUA